ACAUGGAAAGUGCGGCGAAGAGAAUCAACUGAUAUUCUCUUCAACAAAUAUUACAAGUUAGACAUAGUAAAAUAUGGAGCAAUGUCAAAAAAUAUAAUAUCUUACUGAUGUUCUUAUUUUGACGGACUCCUUCUCUGGAAGGAAUUCUCUAGUGCAAGUUCAAAACUCAUACAAUAGUCCAAAGUCGCCUUAGGAUUCAUAGACCGCGAUACCAAGGAUUCGAAUCGGAUCUACCUCGAUCUCGGAGCUCCGUCGAAACGAUUCGUCGGAGAAGUGCCUGUCAGAGCGCGUUUUCCAGCAUUUUCGCCGAUAGGAUUUCUUUUACAUAACUUCAGAAGGAAAACGGAAAUUAAUCGGCGCGUAAUUUCCGCGCGACAGUUCCCGGAGGAGGACAUCUGUCGUUCGCAGGGCGGUCGGCUUGCGCUCGCUCAUCUGUCAGAAGCAGAUUCCGGCAGAGGACGAUUGGUAUAUAAAAGAACAGCGUCUUCGGAUCGCGGUGUAUAUCGCGAGGUGCAUCGAGCGCAUUCACUUGCACGACAUCGACGACGCAUCGCAGAUCGACACUUACGAUAGACAUCACAUCGGAGGUCCUUGACGUUACUUCAUCUUCCACGAGUAGCAGCCACCGAUGGCUACCUACGCGAGGUGCGGGUUCGUUCUCGUCAUCAUGCUCGGUAUUGUCUGCGGACAAGCGCUCGGCGUGCUCGAGGAUGCCGACAGGAACGUUCUGGAUCUGAAUCUGCCGUACGGCAGAGAAUUGGACAGCGAGCAACUGGCCAGACUGUUGCUAGUAACAUCACGAUUUUGUCAUCCCAAGCGCAAUUCCGAGCUCAUAAACUCGCUGUUGGGUCUACCAAAGAACAUGCACAAUGCCGGGAAAUAAGACUAAAACCGCUUAACUCAUAUGAACCAAACCAAGUCAUUAACAAUAUCUUGUGGCAAUCAUAGCUUGUCGCAUAUGGUGCAUAGAAUUAGAAAAUAUAGACAAGAGCGCAUCGGACAGUAUUCGUUUUACAAUGUACUCUCGCGAGGACACCGAUCAUGUACAAUGAAUCAAUACAGU